GUGUUUAUGAAUCAUUGGGGUUACAAGUUUGUGAACAUCCCUUAACAAGAUGGCAGUCCUCCCACCCUAUGUGUAGUAUUUUUCUACUAUGGCGCUCGUAUCUUGUAAACAUAGCCGUUCUUUUUAACGAAAAUUUGUAAUUACAAGACAAGUUUAUGGUAGUAAAGUGUACACAGAUCGUGUUUUUCGAAUUACGUAAAGAACUAGACUGUAUGAAUGGUUUUUAAUACAGAUGUCCGCUGUAACACACUCGGUGUCAGGUGCUGAUCCCACCAAGGGCAUCCAAAAACGUAGGGCAGGAAGUAUAGGGUCCGAUGAAGACGACCCGAGUGGAAGCAAAUACACCAGGAUGGAGGACGAUAGCAUUCAAGAUAAAGAACGAUUUGCCAGUAGGGAGAACCAUUGCGAAAUUGAGCGGCGGAGGCGGAACAAGAUGACGGCGUACAUCACCGAACUUUCCGACAUGGUUCCCACGUGUAGCGCCCUGGCGCGGAAACCUGACAAGCUGACGAUACUCCGCAUGGCUGUGGCACACAUGAAAGCGCUUAGAGGUACAGGCAAUACCAGUACAGAUGGAACGUACAAACCAUCAUUCUUAACGGAUCAAGAAUUAAAGCACCUAAUAUUAGAGGCGGCCGAUGGAUUUCUCUUUGUUGUAAGCUGUGAUACGGGCAGAGUUAUUUAUGUUUCGGACUCUGUAGCCCCAGUGUUAAAUUAUUCGCAAAACGAUUGGUUCGGUUCUUGCAUAUAUGACAAUUUACACCCCGAAGAUGUGGAGAAGGUACGGGAGCAACUGUCGACGCAGGAGCCGCAGAACACGGGACGGAUUCUGGAUUUAAAAACGGGAACCGUCAAAAAAGAGGGACAUCAAGCUUCAAUGCGCUUAUGCAUGGGAUCACGUAGAGGUUUUAUAUGCAGGAUGAAAGUAGGUAAUAUUUCUGCGGAAAGUAUGAAUGUGGGACACCUGAAUAGGCUCAAGCAACGAAACAGUCUCGGACCUAGCCGUGAUGGACAAAAUUAUGCUGUCGUGCACUGUACUGGGUACAUCAAGAAUUGGCCACCCACAGAUAUGUUUACAGGGGUCCAAAUAGACCGUCAAACCGAAGAGGAACUCCACGCGUCGCAUUGCUGUUUAGUCGCUAUCGGUAGGCUGCAGGUAACAUCGACGCCAAAUACGAGCGAUCUGACGGGCUCAAAUAGUACAGCGGAGUUUAUCUCGAGGCAUUCCAUGGACGGAAAGUUUAGUUUUGUAGACCAGAGGGUUCUGGGCCUCUUAGGAUAUUCUCCCCCGGAAUUAUUAGGUAAAAGCUGUUUCGAAUUCUUCCAUCCAGAAGAUCAGACUCAUAUGAAAGAUAGUUUCGAGCAAGUUCUCAAACUUAAAGGUCAAGUACUGUCCGUUAUGUACCGAUUUCGGGCGAAAAACAGAGAGUGGGUAUGGUUACGUACUUCAGCUUAUGCAUUUCUGAAUCCCUACACGGACGACGUGGAAUACAUCGUCUGCACGAACAUGACGGCGAAACCUCUACAUGCUGGGGAUAUUACAACGGAAAGUACAGAACAAGUCACGUAUCAGCAACCGGGAUUGGAUUACAGCCUGCAACGGCGCGAUACGGCAAUAUAUUCACACAUGCUUCCAUCGACACAUAUCCAAACACCACAACAAGUAACGCGUCCAAAUAGCGGGCAAAAUGUAUAUAGCAGUUAUGAGCCGACCGCAUCACCCAUAGCGUAUGGUUCCCCCUCCCAAGCAAGCGCAAAUGCCAGUAACACUGUACUUGGUCGACUGGCAAAGGGCAACACGACCAGUCCGACACCGGCAGCAUCGCCUUGGAGCUUAAGACAGACGCAACCUGCGCCCGAGGGUUAUCAAUACAACCAACCCAGUCCACGUUCUCCGGGUCCUACGUAUACCCAGCUGAGCGGCGGAAGUAGAUCGGGCACGGCGCCGACGCCUUAUCAGUGGACUUGGCAGGGGUCGAGUCAGGGUUCAGAUUCGGGCGGCGCUGGUUCAAGCGGCUCCGGACCACCGCCACAACCGCAACCGCACGAACUGUCCGACAUGCUACAAAUGUUAGAUCAAGGUGGCGCCACCUCCUUCGAAGAUCUGAACAUGUUCAACACCACGUUCGAGUAGUUUUAGACAAUUAUUUAUUAUGACAGUGAAGAAUGUAACCAUUAAUUUAGUGGAGGUGACUAGUGUGUGUUUAUACUAAGGUGGUAAGUGGCUUUUAAGUUAAGUGCAGACAUACGUAAUGGCACAGAGAACCCACCCGCAGGACAACUAAAAGAGCUGUCUGUAAUGAUCGUGGCGUCCAGAUUAUAUAACUUAAGUAACUAGCGUAUUGCUAAUAAGUACUCUAUAUAGUCCUCUUUGUUUUCAUCACGAUAACGAUGCACGUUGCAGCAGAACGAAAUUUCACUUACUCUUCAAUUGGCACAGAUAAAAUACGACUGGUAGCGGAGCUAACUGAAUAGUCACAGUUGUUUCUUUCACUAAAUAUCAGAUGGUGUUGCAGUAAGUUUUUGAGAUUUGUUUUGUAAAGAGUCCUCUCCCAUGCAUUUUUUAGAGCAGUUAAUAUUGAAUACCUUGUAUGUUAGAUCUUGACUUUCACUUUAGUGAUGUGCUUGCAAAGACACCAUGUGGCAUAUAGGGAUAACAAGUUAGCCCUCUGCAGCAGGCAAUAUGUAUUUUGUUUGUGCAGUCACAUUGUAUUAGUGUGUUGUUACAUACUUUUGUUGGCCACACUAUUUGAUUCUGUUUCUAUUUCAACACAACAAUAGAUGUCUCCUGAGAACAGUAUAUUAUUAAAUAAGCAAUUCUGCAGCUUUCACUGCAAACGUUUAUUAAACAAUAUACACUUACGGUUGCAUAAAUGACCUUAUUAAUUUUAACUAAAUAACACCAUUUAUUGUAUAAGAAAUGUAUAGAUACUGUAUAUUGCAAAAACAUAACGCAUAUAAUGCCAAUCAAUCGAUUCACAAACAUUUGAGAACAAUUGCUAUUUUUUUGUAAAAAGUUUGGUUUAUUUAAAAUAAACCUGUUUAAUAAAUACCUAGUGAAGUUUUGUUAAUGGAAAUUUGAGCCAGUUGAAUUUUGCUGCAACUGAAAAUGAAGGCCUUUCGUGCUUUGCAAAAUGUGGCAAUUGAAAAGCUAACAUUCAAAUGUGUGCACAUUACUUAUUUCAAAUGAACUGUAAAAAUAUUAUUUUUCAAAACGUUGAAUCGGUAACUGAUUAUUUAAAUAAAAGUGAUUUUCCUUAGCUUUGUCACAUUGGUCUUUUAAUAUGUAUAAUCGCAAAGCACUUCUUUAAGUUAAAAGUUUAAAAAUUUGGAAUGACUAUUUUAAUGCUACGAUUGGAGUCAAUAAAUAAUUUGAAGAAAAAU